AUGGCCUCUUUAGGUCUGCACCACAACCAACAGGAAUCGGGAGGCAAGGAGAUGGAGGCAAGGAGAUGGAGGCAAGGAGAUGGAGGCAAGGAGACUGAGGCAAGGAGACGGAGGCAAGGAGACCGAGGCAAGGAGACCGAGGCAAGGAGACGGAGGCAAGGAGACGGAGGCAAGGAGACCGAGGCAAGGAGACGGAGGCAAGGAGACGGAGGCAAGGAGACGGAGGCAAGGAGACGGAGGCAAGGAGACGGAGGCAAGGAGACGGAGGCAAGGAGACCAAGGCAAGGAGACGGAGGCAAGGAGACCGAGGCAAGGAGACCGAGGCAAGGAGACGGAGGCAAGGAGAUGGAGGCAAGGAGACCGAGGCAAGGAGACGGAGGCAAGGAGACGGAGGCAAGGAGACGGAGGCAAGGAGACCGAGGCAAGGAGACGGAGGCAAGGAGACGGAGGCAAGGAGACGGAGGCAAGGAGACGGAGGCAAGGAGACGGAGGCAAGGAGACGGAGGCAAGGAGACGGAGGCAAGGAGACGGAGGCAAGGAGACCGAGGCAAGGAGACAGAGGCAAGGAGAUGGAGGUACACAGUAGAAGAAGGAGAAGAAAGAGGAGGAGGAGUAGAAGAAGAAGAAGAAGAAGAAGAAGAAGAAGAAAAAGAAAUGUUAACACAUAAAAGUGAUCUGUUUUUAGUGAUUUGUGUCUAA